AUGCCGAACACUGAUUCCAAAGGUCAUGGGAAAGUGUCGACCAAUUUGACACUUCGUGCUGCAGUGGGCAAGAGUUUGGAUGCGCGCUCUGUUGCAGUGGAGCACGGCAAAGGGGUCUUGCCAGCAGCAGCAGAAGAGCAGAAGGAUAACAAAGACUUUUCCUGGGGAGAUGAUGACAUUUCCUGGCUUUUGGAGACUGAUUCCAAAGGUCAAGGGAAAGUGUCGACCAACUUGACACUUCGUGCUGCAGUGGGCAAGAGUUUGGAUGCGCGCUCUGUUGCAGUGGAGCAUGGCAAAGGGGUCUUGCCAGCAGCAGAAGAAGAGCAGAAGGAUAACAAAGACUUUUCCUGGGGAGAUGAUGACAUUUCCUGGCUUUUGGAGACUGAUUCCAAAGGUCAAGGGAAAGUGUCGACCAAUUUGACACUUCCUGCUGCAGUGGGCAAGAGUUUGGAUGUGCACUCUGUUGCAGUGGAGCACGGCAAAGGGGUCUUGCCAGCAGCAGGAGAAGAGCAGAAGGAAGACAAUGACUCCCCCUGGGAUUCUGAGACUGAUUCUGACGGUCCCUGGGAUGUGUCGAAAAAUGUGCUGCUUCCUGCUGCAUUCGGCAAUAGAUUGGACGCGCGUGCUGUGUUAGUACGGAGCGGCAAAGGGGCCUUGCCAGCAGCAGAAGAGCAGAAGGAAGACAAUGACUCCCCCUGGGAUACUAAGACUGAUUCCAAAGGUCAAGGGAAAGUGUCGACCAACUUGACACUUCGUGCUGCAGUGGGCAAGAGUUUGGAUGCGCGCUCUGUUGCAGUGGAGCACGGCAAAGGGGUCUUGCCAGCAGCAGGAGAAGAGCAGAAGGAAGACAAUGACUCCCCCUGGGAUUCUGAGACUGAUUCUGACGGUCCCUGGGAUGUGUCGAAAAAUGUGCUGCUUCCUGCUGCAUUCGGCAAUAGAUUGGAUGCGCGUGCUGUGUUAGUACGGAGCGGCAAAGGGGCCUUGCCAGCAGCAGAAGAGCAGAAGGAAGACAAUGACUCCCCCUGGGAUACUAAGACUGAUUCCAAAGGUCAAGGGAAAGUGUCGACCAACUUGACACUUCGUGCUGCAGUGGGCAAGAGUUUGGAUGCGCGCUCUGUUGCAGUGGAGCAUGGCAAAGGGGUCUUGCCAGCAGCAGAAGAAGAGCAGAAGGAUAACAAAGACUUUUCCUGGGGAGAUGAUGACAUUUCCUGGCUUUUGGAGACUGAUUCCAAAGGUCAAGGGAAAGUGUUGCCCAAUUUGACACUUCCUGCUGCAGUGGGCAAGAGUUUGGAUGCGCGCUCUGUUGCAGUGGAGCACGGCAAAGGGGUCUUGCCAGCAGCAGGAGAAGAGCAGAAGGAAGACAAUGACUCCCCCUGGGAUUCUGAGACUGAUUCCAAAGGUCAAGGGAAAGUGUUGCCCAACUUGACACUUCGUGCUGCAGUGGGCAAGAGUUUGGAUGCGCGCUCUGUUGCAGUGGAGCAUGGCAAAGGGGUCUUGCCAGCAGCAGAAGAAGAGCAGAAGGAUAACAAAGACUUUUCCUGGGGAGAUGAUGACAUUUCCUGGCUUUUGGAGACUGAUUCCAAAGGUCAAGGGAAAGUGUCGACCAAUUUGACACUUCCUGCUGCAGUGGGCAAGAGUUUGGAUGCGCGCUCUGUUGCAGUGGAGCACGGCAAAGGGGUCUUGCCAGCAGCAGGAGAAGAGCAGAAGGAAGACAAUGACUCCCCCUGGGAUUCUGAGACUGAUUCUGACGGUCCCUGGGAUGUGUCGAAAAAUGUGCUGCUUCCUGCUGCAUUCGGCAAUAGAUUGGACGCGCGUGCUGUGUUAGUACGGAGCGGCAAAGGGGCCUUGCCAGCAGCAGAAGAGCAGAAGGAAGACAAUGACUCCCCCUGGGAUACUAAGACUGAUUCCAAAGGUCAAGGGAAAGUGUCCGCUGACCCAACGCUUCCUGCUGCAGUGGGCAAGAGUUUGGAUACGCGCUCUGUUGCGGUGGAGCACGGCAAAGGGGCCUUGUCAGCAGCAGAAGAGCAGAAGGAAGACAGUGACUCUCCCUGGGAUUCUGAGACUGAUUCUGACGGUCCCUGGGAUGUGUCGAAAAAUGUGCUGUUUCCUGCUGCAUUCGGCAAUAGAUUGGACGCGCGUGCUGUGUUAGUACGGAGCGGCAAAGGAGCCUUGCCAGCAGCAGAAGAGCAGAAGGAAGACAGUGACUCCCCCCGGGAUACUAAGACUGAUUCCAAAGGUCAAGGGAAAGUGUCAACCAACCUGACACUUCCUGCUGCAGUGGGCAAGAGUUUGGAUGCUCACUCUGUUGCAGUGGAGCACGGCAAAGGGUUCUUGCCAGCAGCAGAAGACCAGAAAGAAGACAAUGAGUUUUCCUGGGGAGAUGAUGACUUUUCCUGGCUUUUGGAGACUGAUUCCAAAGGUCAAGGGAAAGUGUUGCCCAACUUGACACUUCCUGCUGCAGUGGGCAAGAGUUUGGAUGCGCGCUCUGUUGCAGUGGAGCACGGCAAAGGGCUCUUGCCAGCAGCAGGAGAAGAGCAGAAGGAAGACAAUGACUCCCCCUGGGAUUCUGAGACCGAUUCUGAAGGUCCAGCAGAAAGUGUGCUGCUUCCUGCUGCAGUGGGCAAGACUUUGGAUGCGCGCUCUGUUGCAGUGGAGCACGGCAAAGGGGCCUUGACAGCAGCAGAAGAGCAGAAGGAAGACAAUGACUCCCCCUGGGAUUCUGAGACUGAUUCCAAAGGCCAAGGGAAAGUGUUGCCCAACUUGACACUUCGUGCUGCAGUGGGCAAGAGUUUGGAUACGCGCUCUGUUGGAGUGGAGCACGGCAAAGGGGUCUUGCCAGCAGCAGGAGAAGAGCAGAAGGAAGACAGUGACUCCCCCUGGGAUUCUGAGACUGAUUCUGAAGGUCCAGCAGAAAGUGUGCUGCUUCCUGCUGCAGUGGGCAAGAGUUUGGAUGUGCGCUCCGUUACAGUGGAGCACGGCAAAGGGGUCUUGCCAGCAGCAGCAGAAGACCAGAAAGAAGACAAUGACUUUUCCUGGGGAGAUGAUGACAUUUCCUGGCUUUUGGAGACUGAUUCCAAAGGCCAAGGGAAAGUGUCGACCAACUUGACACUUCCUGCUGCAGUGGGCAAGACUUUGGAUGCGCGCUCUGUUGCAGUGGAGCACGGCAAAGGGGCCUUGACAGCAGCAGAAGAGCAGAAGGAAGACAAUGACUCCCCCUGGGAUUCUGAGACUGAUUCCAAAGGCCAAGGGAAAGUGUUGCCCAACUUGACACUUCGUGCUGCAGUGGGCAAGAGUUUGGAUACGCGCUCUGUUGGAGUGGAGCACGGCAAAGGGGUCUUGCCAGCAGCAGGAGAAGAGCAGAAGGAAGACAGUGACUCCCCCUGGGAUUCUGAGACUGAUUCUGAAGGUCCAGCAGAAAGUGUGCUGCUUCCUGCUGCAGUGGGCAAGAGUUUGGAUGUGCGCUCCGUUACAGUGGAGCACGGCAAAGGGGUCUUGCCAGCAGCAGCAGAAGACCAGAAAGAAGACAAUGACUUUUCCUGGGGAGAUGAUGACAUUUCCUGGCUUUUGGAGACUGAUUCCAAAGGCCAAGGGAAAGUGUCGCCCAACUUGACACUUCCUGCUGCAGUGGGCAAGAGUUUGGAUGCGCGCUCUGUUGCAGUGGAGCACGGCAAAGGGGUCUUGCCAGCAGCAGCAGAAGAGCAGAAGGAUAACAAAGACUUUUCCUGGGAAGAUGAUGACUUUUUCUGGCUUUUGGAGACUGAUUCCAAAGGUCAAGGGAAAGCGUCGACCAACUUGACACUUCGUGCUGCAGUGGGCAAGAGUUUGGAUGCGCGCUCUGUUGGAGUGGAGCACGGCAAAGGUAUCGUGCCAGCAGCAGGAGCAGAGCAGAAGGAAUAUUUUGACCCUUCUUCUAAGAAUAAGGUUCCUACACUGGAGGCAGAAGAUCUUCAGCUAAGAUCUGAUUCUUCAAGUCAAACAGAUUCUCAGCUGGACAGACAGCCAUUGGUCAGGCAGCUGCUGGAGAAGCCUGAUGAAGUUCUCAAAAAGAACUCCCUGGCAGAACCUUCACUUGGAGCUAUGAAGACCCACAGCAAGGACCUGAAGGAAGAGAAACCGCUGAUGCAGGAGAAACUGGAGAGGUCUGAAGCUAAGGAACCUAAAGAGCAUCAUAUCCAGAAGGAAUGUUUUGCUGCGUCAUUAAAGAGUGCCCCAAAGGAGAAGGAAAUAACAACUUCCAGGAACCUGCAAGGCCUUCCUCCUUCAUGCAACAUGUCUUUACCUGCAGCUAUCGGCCAGCUGCGAGAACGCAUUCACUGUCUUGAAGUUGAGUACGCCAGGCUGGAAGCCACAGUCCAGCAACAAGCCCAAACCAUUGCAAUAAUUGAGAAGUUCAGGCAAGCCCAAAAGACAUGCAAGUGUUCCAUCAUUGACAGAGGAGCAAGGCCCAAGCUGCCAUAAGAAAGACAGCCAUCUCUCCAGUGUAAUUAACCCAGCAGUGCUUGGGCCAUUUCAGCGAAGACUCCGAGGCAAACUACACGGAGAGGGGUGCUCUGGAGCUGAGAAUCAUGCCAAGGGAGCAAGACGAGCUCUCCUACCCAUUAAGACCUGGAUCCUAGGGCAGAGAGAGUCCCUUACUCUCAAGUGGGAAGCAGUGGAGCUGUGGCUCAGGGACAGCUCUGACUCAGCAUGGAUGGCACCAGCAGGGACUGAGUCCACCCUCACCCCUAGAACACUCCCACCCCUAGAACACCCCUACUCCUAGAACAGACUAAUUUGUCUACAGUGUGAGGAAAUGAAGUACCAAGUCACCACAUUCCAUAUUGCCUAAAUAGCAGCAAGAGGCAGUAAGAAAUGCAAAAGAACUGCACAUUUUGUGUAAAGCUUUGGAAGGCUGUAGAGACCUUUCACGCUCAGAUAGCCCAAAGCAGAGCACAAAGGAUCUGGCAGCAAUCAUUCUGGAUGCACCACAGCUAAAUGAUAGGUCUGGCCUUGGCUGUUGCUGGUAUAAGAGUGAUGCGCUGAGCUGAAGGGUGAUGCUGCUUGCAUGCCUCUCAUCUUUCAUGGGUUAGCCCAGAAGGACCCACAACAUGUAUUAUUGAGCAGUGAUGAUUCAGCAUCUGUGGCGGAGGAAGAAUCAGAGUGGGAGAAAUACCAGGCGUGGAGAAAAAUAUAUGAAAACUAAAUGGACAUUCUCAUGCUGGACUGGACACUCACCAGAUGGACAGUUUUUCUCCAGUUUCACCCCAGUUUAUUGUUAUAUUGUUGUGAAGUUCUAUGUACCCCAGUUUAUUGUUGAAAAUUUUAUAUCCUCCUUAUUGUCCCCUUCUUCCCUCACAUUUUCCCGCCUAAACUUGUUUACUCCCUUGUCCUUCCCUGCUUUCCUGCUCCUCUGCACCUGAUUGGCCACAGUUUGCUGCAGUGCAGAGGGAGCUCCCAUUGGCCCAUUCCCUUAGUUACACAGGAGUUCCACCCACCUUUCCCCUAUCUUCCAAUCCCUGCCUUCCCUGAGCUGCCCAUCUCAUGCUCCUCCCCAGUUCUGGGUCCACCCCCUGAACCUACCCUAUAUAAGUCCCUGUUUCCUUUAAUAAAGUGGCACUGCUGCACGAGA